CGGAAGCCCAAUGCAUUUUCUUAGGAGCUGUCUGUCUUCGCAUUCCGAUAUAAAAGACAAAACAAGAGAAAAUUAUAUUCAUUAUUUAUAUAUACCGGGACUAAAAUUGUCACAUCUGAAUUCACUUGAGUGGAUCCCUUGUAUUUUUGUUCUCAAGAUUUAAGACAUUUGUAAUCUGCGUCUCUCUAUCAACAUAAAUACAAAAUGACUGAUUCUCACGAAGUUCAGGAUACUGUGACACCAUGGGUAGUCCAAGCUGGCAAAGCUAGCGGUAUCGACUAUGAGAAAUUAAUAGAUCAGUUUGGCAGCUUCAAAAUUGACCCACAACUCAUCGAAAGGUUUGAAAAAGUAACAGGGAAAAAAGCGCACCACUUUCUCAGGCGUGGGAUUUUUUUCUCUCAUAGAGAAAUGAACCAUAUUCUGGACCUCUAUGAACAGAAGAAACCUUUCUACUUAUACACUGGCAGAGGACCCUCCUCAGAGGCUAUGCAUAUGGGACAUCUUGUACCAUUUAUCUUUACUAAGUGGCUACAGGACACAUUCGAUGUGCCGCUGGUGAUCCAAGUGACUGAUGAUGAAAAGUUUCUCUUUAGAGAUUUCACGCUACAAGAGAUGGAGAGGAUAACAUAUGAGAAUGUAAAAGAUAUCAUUUCUCUGGGCUUUGACGUGGACAAGACAUUCAUCUUCACAGACUUCACGUACAUGGGGCAAUGCUCAGACUUCUACAAGCUUAUUGUUCAGAUUCAGAAACAUGUCACAUUUAAUCAGAUCAAAGGUAUUUUUGGCAUGACCGAAAGCGACAACAUUGGACAAAUCGCCUUCCCAGCCGUUCAAGCUGCACCUAGUUUUAGCUCGGCUUUCCCACACAUCUUCGGGGAGAAAUCCAACUUGCCCUGUUUGAUCCCAUGUGCAAUAGAUCAGGAUCCCUACUUCAGAAUGACAAGAGAUGUGGCGCCAAAACUGAAACUGCAUAAACCAGCUCUCUUACAUUCUAUAUUUUUUCCUGCACUGCAAGGAGCCACUUCAAAAAUGUCAGCAAGUGAUCCCAACUCAUCCAUCUUUCUUUCAGAUACAUCGGAUAGAAUUGCUGAAAAAAUAACCAAGUAUGCUUUUUCUGGUGGACGGGAAACAGAAAGAGAGCACAGAGAAAAGGGCGGUAAUUGUGACAUUGAUGUAUCUUACCAGUAUUUGAAAUUCUUCAUGGACGAUGAUGAGAAACUAGAACAAAUAAGACAGGAUUACACAAGUGGCAAGCUUCUUACAUCUGGCAUAAAAAAAGAGCUUAUAGUUGUAUUGCAGAAAAUAGUUGGCGACAUCCAGGAGAGAAGAAAAACUGUAACAGACACAAUGGCACAGAAUUUUAUGACACCAAGGAAAUUAAAAUUUACUUACUAAAGUGUUUGUAAAUUUUUGUUUCCUAUUUCAUACACAGAUUUAACCUACUUUAGAACCACAUUUUGAUUGUAAUCAUUUACUAAUCAUGCAUUUAAUAAUUUCAAUCCAUACUAAGAUUUUUUAAAAUAAUAAUAAAAAAAAUGGUUAUACACAAUAAAUGUGUAUCUACAUUUUAUUUGACAAUCUAUUAGAACCAUUUUUUUUAAAUUUCUUUUAAGUAUGUAGCCUACCAUAAAUUCAUUAUUAACAAUGAUAAGGGCUAAAAUAAAUUUUGUAACUUACAUUUUAAAAAAAUCUCCAAAAUUGUAUUUGAAUCUCAACUUGUGAUAAUUUAUUGCUCAUUAUUAAAAAACCUAUUUCUCAACUCUUGAAUGAUUGAAGAUAUGAGAUUUAAUUAUGUAUAUUAUCUAAUUUAUUAAAUUAUUUUUCAACCUUUGAUUAAGACACAUAUUUGUAUGUUCAUCAUUUAAAAAAUUAAAAUUAUGUUAAUGUUAUUUGCUUUGAAUGUAACCUAUUUUGUAACUUAGAUCUAAAAACGUCAACUUGUUUUAUUUUGCUCUUUUGAUAUAUUGCCUCAAUUAUACUAGCUAUAACUUUUUUAUUUGCUUAAUAAAACACUAAAUGUGGAUAAAUAUGUAGAUUUUCAAAGCUUAAUUUUUUUAUUGAGACAUAAUCAUUAAAUAAAUAAUGGACCGUUGCUUUCAGAUGGCUCUGUAUACAGUCUAUUUAAUGUUACCGGGUACUGAAAAUAAAAUUCAAAAUAUUAUUCA